CCUUACAUUAGUGCAAGCUCACGGAAACAGAGGAAAACAAAGGACUGCUCAGCUGCGGUAAUGUAUAAUUAGUUGAUUUCAGGAUUUGUUAGAUACUGUGUUGAACUAGCUAACUAUUGUUGUUAAGACGAAGCUUUUUUCCGUGCUAUAUAUGGUACAUUUCUGUUGUACUUACGGAUUGGUAUGGAGACAUAUGUUGCCUAAUGCAGAUUGUUUGUCCCUCAUACAAAUCGGUCAUCUCUUCUUCUUUUGCACUUUUGAGUUCAGCUAUCCCUCGAGAUGGCAGAUACGAACUUUCUGUUCUUGUUCAUAACACUCUGUACGGUCAUUACAUGUGAUGGGAGUGUAUCCCUAUCUGCUCCAGCCACUGUAAAUCUGGAGGAGAACAGUUCAGCCAAUAUCACCAUAACGCCUAGCUCUCCUCAGAAUGUCUCAACACUCAUUAUUUUUAACUUCACCGACUCCUCUGCAAAUGUUACCUCAAUACUUCAACUGCCUCAACAGGUAGAGUUGCCUGCAAACGCCACAUCAAGCACUUUUGAGGUUCAUGCAGAACAUGUGGGUCAGGUGACAGCCUAUUUAUACAGCAACAACACUGACAUUGCAAGCCUCAAGACCCGAAUCCGUUUCUUGGUUAUUAGAAGCAACACUGUUGAUAUCAUUAACCAAGUAAUUGGUUGGAUUUACUUCCUAGCAUGGUCUAUAUCAUUCUACCCUCAAGUAUAUGAGAACUGGAGAAGAAAAAGUGUGGUGGGGCUGAACUUUGAUUUUCUGGCACUCAACUUGACAGGAUUCAUUGCCUACAGUGUCUUCAAUGUAGGCCUCUUCUGGGUUCCGUACAUGAAGGAAGAGUUUUUGAAGAUAAAUCCAAAUGGUGUAAACCCAGUGGAUGCCAACGAUGUGUUCUUCAGUCUCCAUGCAGUUGUGCUGACUCUUGUAUAUGUCUCUCAGUGUGCCAUCUAUGAAAGAGGAGGGCAGAUGGUGUCCAAGAUUGCUAUUGGCCUUCUGGUGAUUGGUUGGACAUUUGCCCUGGUUACCCUCUUUGUUGCUGUGGCCAGUAAGAUCACCUGGCUGGAAUAUCUCUACUAUUUUUCUUACAUCAAGCUAGGUGUCACCCUCGUCAAAUACAUCCCACAGGUCUACAUGAACUACCAAAGACAAAGCACAGUGGGGUGGAGCAUUGGCAAUGUGUUGCUGGACUUCACAGGAGGCAGCUUCAGUCUCAUUCAGAUGUUCCUUCAGUCGUAUAACAACGAUGAAUGGAAGCUCAUCUUUGGGGACCCCACAAAGGCAGGACUUGGCUUGUUCUCCAUAUUAUUUGAUGUGGUGUUCAUCAUUCAGCAUUACUGUCUGUACAGACAUAAAACACAUUAUGAGCUUGUGGUUGACCAGGAAUAGGCUAAUUGUCUUUUACUGUUUACCUCUGCCAGUGAGUCCAGAUGAUUUACUGAAGGACUAAUAUAAGGGCUUUCUUCUAUGUAGUGUUCCCAGUCAUGUAGUGUUCCCAGUCAUUGAAUGGGAAGCUAUUUAGACACAGGGGGGCCAUACUUCCUCGUCUCAAAAUGCAUCAGCCAAUUAAAAUAUUUGGUGUAGUUGCACGUGAUCAAACACUAUUGGUAUUUUCAAGACAGCUGGGAAUUCUGGGGGUUGGGGGGAAUGAGGUUGAAUCAUGACAUCAGUUAUCAAUCUACAGGUCGGAAAGUCAAAGCUCUAGAAAGAGGCUAGAGUUCCCGACUUGGAAUUCCGAGUUGGAAGACUGCUUAAAAUAUGUGUCCGAUUUUCCAGGUUCCGGUUGUUUUGAACGCGACAUUAAUGUUCCCUUCAGAUAACCUGUCAGAUUUAGGCUGCUUUCCAAACACUUAAAAGACACACCCUCAGCCCUCAAAUUAAGUGGACACUUCUGAUGCAGGGCAAGGGAAGAAUGAAUUCAUUUGAAAUGGACUGCUCUUGCCAGGACAUGUGUCACUCGUUCAUCCCACGGUUGUGUUUUCAGUCAUCAUGGAACUGUUGCGUGUGCCUUUUAUAUGCUCUACAGUCAAUUAUGAUUGCAUUUCAUAUCUUGGCUAGAAGACAACGCCUCGGCAGACAUCGAAUGUUAGCCUUCCUACUAUAUCCGAAAAUUACAAUGUAUAAGUGUGAUGUCAGGGAAAGUUAUAUGCGCAAGCAAACGUUUCCAAAAGCCAACCAAACAUGUGUUUGAGCCGUCAUGUGCAUUUAGUAGCACAAUUUCUAACUUAUUUACAUUUGUUUCUACUUACACUUGUGUGUUGACUUCUCCAUAUAAUGUUGGUUUUAAGUUUUGGCUGACUUUUCUUAGUGGAUGUACUAUCAUCGCAAAUUGAAUAUGGGGCUUUUCAAGCCCUGGAGUGAACAUAAUUGUAAACUCGAUCAAAAGCGAGGGCAGAAGGGCUUACGUUGCCAACUUCCCUUGCUUAGCUAAUCAUUUGGACCGAGACAAAGGAGGCUGCCGUGAUUCCCCCAAUUUAGAUAAAGGUUACAUUUAAAACAUAAUAAUAAUUUAACGUGCAUAAGUGGUGGAGGGUGUUUAUUUUAUGGGUUUGAAAUGCAACCUCAGCCUUUUGCUAACUUGCAUAGCUGGCCCGUGAUCAUAUCUGGUUCAAAUGCUGUAUCGAUCAAUUAAAAUCGUUGAUUUAGUUGGACCUGAUCCAACACGUUAUGAUGAAAGUGUCCUUAACAAAAGUCCAACGACACGUUCUGAUAAUCAAAGCAACUAGAUCACGUGUGUUUGACUGACUGCUAACUCCACGUAAUUGUUGCAGAUUGUGGCAAGGGUUUGAAUCUCAUGAGUUUAUUUUCCCCCUUUUGAAAUGCAGAAUUACUUUUUGUGUCAGUGUGUUGAGAAGUGUAGCCAAAACCAUGUGAAUGAAGAUUACGCAUACAUUGUAGCCAAAACCAUGUGAAUGAAGAUUACGCAUACAUUUAAUGAGGAGCAUCUUGUUGGAGUCCCUCUUGCAGACCAACACAGGCUACUGGCACUGCUACAUAAAUAAUCGUCACUUUUAUAAACUAUAUUACCUAGAUGUUAGUGCUGUGCGAUUAUUACCGGCAUCGGUUCAAUUAUUUGAAUUCUAUUUCUUUCCGUUUUAUUUCUGUGAACUAGAUGUAACGUUUCUAUACAGAUAUAUUAGAUCAUGCAUUACCAACAGUCCAAUAUUCUACAUAGUUUAGUGCAGAAAACGUGGUGAUUAAUUACAAUGAGAAUAAUCCAUUGCGUGCCAGUUUUAAACUUGUCUGGUCUGUCUUGAGCAAGGCAAUGGGGUGCGUUCGUAAAUUCCUUUUUGCUAUCUACACUGAUUUCAGAGCACUCGUUUGAGUGUGCUAGAGUGCAGAAUAAUUGAUAUAAUUUACGAAUGCGCAACACCCGUUGAAAUUGAAAGGUGUCAGUUAAGGUUGGGGGGAAAAAACGCAAAUAAAUUGUUGCUAGCAGCACAGUUAGUCACUAAUGCUGUAGAUAACGUGACAACAGCCUAACUAGCUCUGCUAGGGCAAGUAAAAUGGUCACAGUGAGGUGUUGUCUCAUUUGUGUGUGGAAGUAGCUAGCCAACUUUAGCCAGUUAGCUUUGGCACUUAACUGCCGUUGUGAGGUCAGAACACUCAGAUCGACCCUACUCCUCGGCCAGAGGGUCCAGUGUGCGGCCUGAACGCUCCGAGAGUGAAACGCUCUGAAUUUACUUAAGUGAUAAUGCCAGAGAAGCCGGUGUUUUGAAGAUGUAUUGGCACAGGUCUUUCGUCUUGGGCCUGCAAACCGUGCCAUUAUAUCCUCCGAACUCAGGGUUUGAGGGCAUUAUCACUUUUAUACAACGGGUUACCAACAUAUUUGAGUAAUGAUUGACAUAUUUUCAUUAAUGUUAUUUUGAUAAACGUAUUCAUAUUAUUUCAUCCUUCCGCAAGAUAUAGUCCAGACACAAAUCUAGGGUUGCUACCCAAGCCGGCUGGUCAUUUCUUCUAUGAGACACAGUCGUUCAAUUAUUUUUUCCCCCAGAAUCUAUGGACAUGACCCAGUCGUUUUGUUCUAAAUGUGCCAUAACCAUACUGGCUGGCAAAAUUCGUAUCCCUUGCCUGCUCUAGCUAGCCAUAGUUGGCUAACUCACAGUCACGUCAAACAGUGCUGCCAGAAUAACAACAGUAGCUUGCAUUUGCUUUUGUUUAAGCUGUUUUCUAGUGAUGACAUGUAUUUAGACAUCCAUAACAAUGAGCUAAUGAGGUGUGAUUUCGCAUAGCAUAGAAAAUGUGCUCUCCCAUCAGGACAGUUGUUCAGAGGUUCAGAGCUUCAGUGCCAUACAACACUCCUUCCGUGGCCUCCAACUGCUCUUAACCGCUGGGGCGGCAGGGUAGCCUAGUGGUUAGAGCGUUGGACUCGUAACCGGAAGGUUGCAAGUUCAAACCCCCGAGCUGACACCC